AUGGUCCUCCACAACCCAAACAACUGGCACUGGGUGAACAAGGAUGUCAGCCCAUGGGCGAAGGACUACCUCACCAAGGAGGUGCUCCAGAUCUCUGCCGAAGAGGAUGGUGUCAGUGUGAAGGUGGACAGCCUCAUGAGCAUGGAUGGCGACGUGGACGUGAGCCAGCGCAAGGGCAAGGUCAUCACAAUAUUCGACGUCAAGGUCAAGCUUGAAUACAAAGGCAAGAACAAGGAAGGCGAAGAGGCCAGCGGCACCAUCACUGUACCCGAAGUGGCUCACGACACGGAGGAAGACGAGUAUGUCUUUGAGAUAGAUAUUUACUCGGAAGAGAAGAGCAAACAACCCGUCAAAGACCUCGUCCGAUCGAAGAUCGUGCCGCAGCUGCGCAAGAGUUUCGCAAAGCUUGGGCCGGCCCUGAUCACCGAGCACGGCAAGGAUAUCCAGCACGCGCCUGGGUCCAACCCUUCGAGCGGUUUCUCGACGCCCAAGACCUACUCCAACUCUGGCAUAAACAAGUCAGAAUCGAAGUCGGCAGCGUCUACCACACAGAAGACUGGAGGAUCAUUGGUCAACACUACCACGAUCAAUGACAGCACCGAGUUCCGCACUACAGCCGAAGAACUUUUCAAAACCUUCACCGAACCUGACAGAAUAGCUGCCUUCACCCGAUCACCACCCAAGAAUUGGACUGGCGCUAAGCCUGGAAGCACUUUCGAGCUGUUCGGCGGAAACGUGUCGGGCGAGUUCACAGAGCUCGAAAAGCCUACACACAUCGUCCAGAAAUGGCGUCUCGCGCAGUGGCCGGCCGGUCACUAUUCCACUCUGUCCAUCUGGUUCGAUCAGAACGAUGUUGACGCCGUCACCGUCAUGCGAGUGGAGUGGAAGGGUGUACCCAUCGGUCAAGAAGAGCCGACGAAGGGUAACUGGGGCGAGUACUACGUCCGGAGUAUUAAGACCACAUUCGGUUUUGGUACCGUGCUAUAGCCGGGUGGUAAUAGCUUCAUGCGAAAGCAGGAGUCAACGGCGUUUUGGAAAGCCCAGGAAUGAAUGCGACAUGAUGAACGAGUGAUGGAUUCUCGAUACAGGAGCUUGGUAGCAUAGCGAAUCAAGCAAUAAUAUUUUACGAUUCUACG